AUACUGGAAUGUAGUUGAAAUGUCUAAUUCGCUUCCAUUAGAGCAGUUAGAGCAGCAGCUAGAGAGAGCAAUAGAAAACGUUCGACAGGUUCGGAUUGUUGUUAGUGACUUUCAGCCUCAAGGUCAACCAGGACUUAAUCAGAAACUUCAACAGAUAGUUAGAGAUCUAGGAGAGAUAGAUAAACUCAGACCCAGUGUAGCGGAUAUCCAGGUACCCCUGGACGUAUUCGAUUAUAUUGACUCAGGACGGAACCCUCAGCUCUAUACUAAGGAUUGUAUGGAGAAGGCGCAUUCUAAGAACGGAGAAGUGAAAGGAAAAAUUGACGCAUAUCGAAUGUUCAAGGCCCGUCUGUUGGUUGAACUGAGUGCUGUUUUCCCGAACGAGAUGAAGUUCUAUCGCGCCAAUAGAGUUGAUGAACGAGGAAACCAGUGAGCUAUGAUUAGUGAUACUUAUCUAUCAUGGACAUUCAUGUCUAUCUCAGGAUCCAGGAAUCUGUCAAGCAAAAUAUUUCAGA